GAGGUAUGAGGUUGCGGGUUCAAAAUUCAAUUGCAGCCUCGCGCAUGGACACUGGCAGGGCGUUAGAAUGACGCACGGCUGGACACAUAACCCCUUGGGCUGACACAGGUAAGCUAUUACAGACACUGCCUGCGCACCACCCAAGGGGUUAGUCAACGGGUUCUAUGUCGGAUUCUACCUACGGGGGUUGAACAAAGUCAUUGGGAGUUUCACAAGGAGAGCCGUACCCGCGCCGUCGAAGGAUCGGGAUCGAGGUCAUGAACAGCAGCAGCGUGAUGAUGAUGCGGGAGUUGGGGGGCGUCUUCUCCGGAUCAGGAUCUUCGCUGAGGGUGUGCAACGCCCGGGUAGGACCUGUGAUUCCGAUCAUCAGUGGAUUGGCGAAGAAGCCGCAGAGAGUGUGCACGUCAAUUAUGGCUUGGGCAGCGGUCCAUGUGGCAGCAACAAGGAGAAUGGUCCAUGUGGCAGUAAGCAGGAGAAUGGGAGGGCCUCAGCGGAGCAAUUUGCAAUUACUAUCUCGUGCCCAGAGGAGGUGCAGCAUCAGCAGACACGUGGCGACAGCUGCCGUGAUUUCCACGAUCGACAUUAAAGAGGGAGGAAGAGCAGCAGGAGUAUCAGGACCUGCAGCGGCAGGAGGAGGAGGAGGAGGAGGAGGAGGAUACCUGGGUGACGAGAUGCAAGCAAUUAGAGGCUUGACCAAGUGGCAGAAAUUGAGUGGGAGCAGGAGGAGUAGCGCUUGGCCGGCAGUCGUCGUCCCCGAAACCAGGAGAAUAUUAAGAUGGGGAGGAGGAUGGAUGGUGCUCUCUCGUCGCCGUCACGUUAUCGCUGGCUUUGCACCGGGAUCGGUUCCGGGUAUCGCUGAAGGUAAGGGGGAGGGCGAAGGGGGAGGAGGAGGAGGAGGUGUGGAAGGAGGAAGAAGUUGUGAUAAUGUGGUAGGUGGUAGCUGGGAAGAAGUCCUUGAGAAGACAGGAGGAGAAGGGCCAAUGGAUGCCAUGGCUCGUAAGAGGGCUCCUCGAAAGAGAGGACGUUAUCGUCUGGACGAGCUUUGUGUGGAGCGCUGUCCUCAAUAUAGCAGGACAAUUAUCCAAUCCUGGAUUCUGCAAGGGAAGGUACUCGUUGAUGGACGGCCUGCAACGAAGGCAGGGAUGCAAGUGACUGACUCGGCCAACAUCGAAAUCAUUGCUCAAGUUCCAAAAUAUGUGUGCAGAGCAGGUCUGAAGCUCGAAGCUGCACUACUCGAGCUGGGCGUUGAUGUGCAGGGCAAAGUGGUGCUGGACGCUGGGCUGUCUACAGGCGGGUUCACAGAUUGUCUUCUGAAGCACGGUGCGACCAGAGUCUAUGGGGUGGAUGUGGGCUAUGGCCAGGUGGCAGAGAAGAUCAGGACCGACUCACGAGUUGAGGUGAUGGAGCGAACAAAUUUGCGAUACCUUGAAGAGCUUCCCGAGCUGGUGGAUUUAGUCACACUCGAUUUGUCAUUCAUUUCAAUUUUGAAGGUUAUGCCAGCCGUGUGUGGGUUGAUGAAGCCUGACUCUGAGCUCGUGGUGCUGAUUAAACCCCAGUUUGAAGCACGGCGGGACCAGGUUGGCGGUGGAGGAAUUGUGAGGAGCACUAAGGUCCACGAUGAGGUGCUGGAACGCGUGAUCGCCGGAAUUACUGCCUACGGCUUCGAUUGCACGGGAAGGAUGACAUCACCUAUCAAGGGUGCGGAGGGAAAUGUUGAGUUUCUGUCGCACUUCAAGCGGGUUCUGCAAUUUAAGCAUGUUCUACAAACUUCCACUUCCUCUCCUGAAAAUAUUUCACAGCUGAGUUAGGCUAUUCAAAUGUCCGGCCUGAUGGAUGUCUGGGCUCUUUUCUUUUUCUUUUUUUUUUUUGACCAUUUCUCAAAACCUGGACUUCGUUUUCUGUAACGAAAAAAAAAACAGGGUUUACUUAAAAAAAAAAAAAAAAAACUGACUAAAAAUCGUGGAAAUCAUCGCCACAUUGUGGACAGCAGACUUAGUAUGCACUGUUCCUGGCUCGCGUCUAUUGGGAGCGAUGACGUCGUUCCGUACGUGUUUGAGCAUGGUGGCAGAGCAGAUCUCUGACGUAGGCCGAGGCCGUGUCUGAUCUGACGAUGAAUGUGACACUGAUGAUGGGGAGGAGGAGGAUGAAGUCGAUAAUGAAGGAGAAGGAAAGAA